AUGCCCGUGUCGUCCCACCCGUGUCGGACCCUGAGCAGACGGGGAAGGGCCCAGAAGCCGGGGCUGGCGGCCAGCCCCGUGGGAAGCCUUUUAAGCGCUCUAGUGGGAGCAGCUGGCCUGGGGAGGCGCUUAAAGCCCUGGGGGAGGGCAGGUGCUGGCGCAGAGCCAGGCGGGCAAGGGAGGCCGCCGGCCGCCACCCACGUGGCGUGUUGCCGCGGCCACACUCUCUUCCCACCCCCUACUGAGGCCUGGCUGCAAAGCCUUUCCAGGGACCCUGAGGCCCAGGACCGGGGAGCCCGGAAGCCCGCUCUGGGGUCAGGGGGUGGGGACAGGAGGGAGGAGGAGCCAGGGGAAGCGGAGGAAGACCAGGAAGAUGAAAAGGCGGGCUCCCUCCUGUCUCUCUGGAGCGGGGAGGACCUGGCUGAGCGCCCCAAGCCUGACCAGGCAGGAGCUAGAGGCCAUCAAACUCAAGCUGUGGGCCAUGGAGCAGACCCAAGGGCCGGAGACGCCCAGGGCACAGGGGCCGCAGUGGCCCCGCAGCUCCUGAGCCUCAAGGCAGGUGGACUACGGGGGCACAGCAGAGGAGCUGGUAGCCUACUUCAGCCCCUGCGAGGAGGUCCGCCGGAUCACCAUCCUGUGUGCCAAGUUCUCCGGACACCCCAAGGGGUCAGUGCCAGCCAGCUAUGCAUAGAGUUGGACACCAAGAGCUCAGCCCAGGCCGCUGUGGGGCUGGAUGAGACCGUCGUCCCCGGCCGAGUCAUCAAGUACCCGCAGCGCACCUGCCUGGGAGCCUCCAGCGAAGAAACCCAAUUAGUCUUCCUGGAGGCAGCUUUAGCCCUGGGCUCUGCCGCGCUGCGGAAGAGGCGAGGAGAGCAGGUGUCUCCGAGGGAGUCCGCCUGCGGCGCCAGGCCUGACCGUGAAAGGCCGGUGAUGGGUCCCAGACUGGGCCCUGCCCAACUUCCCAGCCAGUAGCCAGCCCCCUGCUCCAUGGGGAGCCGCGGCUAACUGCGUGUCCAGCCCAGGCCUGGUGGCCUGCCUGGUCGGUGCUGCCCCCCCCCCCCACGGUGAGUGACACAGCGUGAGGCCCUGUGGGAGGGCACGCACCUAGGGCGCCUGGCCCCAGCCUGGCCCUGGUCAGAAGUUCAGAGGGCAGAAGGGAGUUCCCCAUGCUGGGCACUCCGACUGCCGGGGCUCUGAGGCAGACACAACCCACAUCCCCCCUGAAGGGGCAGUACGUGCUCCUUCCCAGUGCAGGGCUGGGAGAGGAAACUCUGGAACUAGGUAACUAACUGCCAACCAGCCCUCACUGGGCUCUUCUAAAGCCUCUCACCUGGUUGCCCUACCUACCUAUUCCUGACCCCAGGGACAGAGCUGCCCCCGGCUGCCAACCACCAGGGAUCCACAGGUGGGGUCAGGGGGACUGGCCACCCCUUGGCUCUCCACCCGCAUUGGUCUCUGGCAUCCUCAGACCAGCUUCAUAACCCCCAUGAUCUGGGGUCAGGUCUGCCCUUGAGUGGGGUGGAGGAUUCCCCUGCGAGAAAAGGUCCAUACCCUAAUUUCCAGAACCUGCGAAUGGGACCUUAUUUGGGAGGAGGUCAGGAUCAUGCUGGGUCACCUGGGUGGGCCCAAAAUCUAAUGAGACACAUGCCCCCAGAGAGGCUGCGGCGAUGGGCCGAGGGUUGUAGGGCUGCAUCUGAGCCAAGGAACCCGGGUGGCUGUCCAAAGCUGCGGAGGCCUGAACCACAUACCCCCUCAGACCAGCCUGGAGGAGUCGGCCCUGCUGACCCCUGGAUUCCUGACUCUGGCCUCCAGAACCUGGGAGUACUGCUUGCUGGCUCACGCACAUGUGCGCACCCAUGAGAAGGCAGGAAGGCGGGGCUGUCAGGGUAGAGCCCGGGGUGGCCCUGGGCGGCGUGCUGUCAGGGCGGUGCAGAGGAGGCACAUGCACGGGACAGAGUCCCCUAGGCUGGAGCUUGUGUGGCACCAAGCAGGAGACACGGGUUCCUGCCCGCUAAGCACCCAGGGGCUUCUCCCCUCCUUGGUGAGGGGGGAUUUGCUUCCAUCUUGAGGCACUCACCGUGCAUGCUGGCCUUUCUGCAAGGUCCUGUGGGCAGUCUCCCCACCCCGCAUCGGGUUCCUUUUCAGAGUGUUUCCUGACCCCUUCUGUGUGGCCGCUCUGCAGAGUGACCUAGGAGCUCCUCCUCUCCCUUGGAUUUCGGGCCGAAACAGACCAAGACGGAGAGGGGAUGAGGAACACUCCUGACCCGGGAGCCGCACGGGUGGUGAGGCCUCCAAGAGGUGAGAGCUGCUGAGGGGACUCACGUGGCUGUGCCUAGAGAAGGCCGAGACACACAGGCUCCCUGUCUGGUCCGGGGCAGAGGGAAGGACAGGGAACCAUCUCCCAAGCAACCCCAGCGCGACGGACUGACCGGGCGCGGCCCAGCUCCUGGCUGCGGGGACGGGCAGGCGGUGGCCCCCAAGGAGGCUGGCCUCAAGGCAGAGUGCUUGAAGGUGACAGGAAGCCCCCAUCGGACGGUUCCACGGGCGGUAUGUGGGCCAGCUCGUUACCUCUGAGCCCUGCUUCUCUCAGGCUUAAAAUGGGGAUGCCCCGCAACCACGGGUCAGAAAGCCCGACUGCAGAGUAGGAUUAAGGGCUUAUCUGGCUGCACCUACGGAAAGACCCGAAUAGCGGGGCCUUCCACAACACAGCGGUUCACUUUAUCUUCUUCUACAGGAUGCUGACUGUAAGAAGUCCAGGCCCCGGUGAGCAAAACCCACGUUCCCUCUGGCUUUCUGCUCCCCAUCUGUAGGAGAGAAAGCUCGUCCUCAUGCAUUCGAGGGGGCUGCCCUAGCGUCAGCCAUCACAUCCAAGACGCGGAAGGAAACGACAAAGGCCAGGGACUCCACCUGCUGGCCGAGUCCCCGUCCAAGUAUCUCCAGUGCCAUCCGCUCACGUGCCAUGAUGACCCCCCGUGGUGGGUACGGAGAAGCGGAACUAUCUUCCGUCAGUCACCUGUAGCCAACAGCAACUGUAGCGCUCUCAGCAGGGAAGCAAGCCGGCAACGUGCGGCUGCCCGCGGCCACUACGCAGACGGGAGCAAAUACUACGGAGCGUGGCCGAGAGGGCACGGCUGGCACAAGAACCAGUGCCCACCAGUCGUUGCCUCAGCCCUCCGCUAGGCCUCCCGGUCCACCUGCGGUGGGGGGGGGGGGGGGGGGUCCGGGAACUUGGGUUUAAUACCCGCUGCUGACUGAGUUCUCCCUCUGCUUCCGACCUGCGAGCACGAGUCCUGUGCUCCGCCGGCGGGAAGGGCAGACGAUGCGAAGGUGUCCGGCUUCCACCCACACGCAGACCGCCUUCCCUGCUGCCCAGGGAGCCCCGAGCUGCCUCCCUCCUGUCACCUUCUCUGGCGCACUGAGGAGGGGAGGGAGGGACUCGAAGCUGUCUUGGGGCCCGUGACCCAAAGCCAGGGUGCUCAACAAGCGACUAAGGGCAUGAGAGCCGGGCCAACCGGGAAGGCACAGUCACGUGCACUUGGCCGGACAGGCCUCUGGGGAAGCAGAGUGCAGGAAUCCAGUCACCUUCGGCUCCGUCCCCAAUGGGACCCUCCCCUCCCAGCUCGGGGGCCUGCCAGGGCAGCAAGUGAGCGGGGACUCCUCUAACCCAGCCGGGCCCCAACCGAGAAAGAGGCCUCUGGGGCUUGCUUGCUCCGCCCUCAGAGAGCCGGUGGCACCUGACGACCCACGUCAAAGCUCCCGGGCUCUGUGAGGGGGGCCUCCCGAGGCCCGGCGCAAAACCAGACCCACGCAGGCCCCUCCGUGCAGGGGGAGGUGUGUGGGCUGGGCGGGGGUCUAGACCUGGCUCUGGCCACGGAGGCCUGCCACACCUCCCCGCCAGGUCAGCCUCCGAGCACAGCCCACCCCAAGUCUCCCUGCACCUCCGUAAGCUCCCCCUGCAGCAGCAGCAUCUUCAGGGCCGAAGCGCCGUGGGCCUCCCACCGCCCUCCCUGAGCUGUGCGGUGCCUCAAGUGCCCCGUGCCACCCCCUCCAGCUAAAUCCUCCACUGACACAAGGAAAACGCCAAAUCCGAUCCCAGAGGACAUUUAGUCUGCACGCAGCACGCCGGAGACCGUGCCCCCAGCAGCAGCACGUCUGUGAGGCCCAGAAACAGGCAAGCGAUCACGGAUGUCCGCACAAUGAUACAGUCAUGUCCCCAGGGCCUCUCCCCCACGACAGCGGCAGGGCUGUCACUCAGCACACCUGGACCAUCAUGGAUGUCACCAUGCUAUCGAAGGCCCUGCGGAGAGAAACAGCCAUCAGAGCAGCCCCACCGGGGACCCAGGACCAGGACAAGCCCUCCGCAGUCACGUACUUCUGGGCUGCGAGGCCAGUGUCCCGCCACCCUGGCAGGGGGAGGCUAGGUCUGUGCCGUUCCCGCAGUCCCGCUGGGGCUGGCUCUCCAGGGAGGGGAAGGGGGUGGCAGCUGUCCCUUAGCCGGGCAGUCUGGGAGACACAGGAGAGACCAACACCUGCUUCUCUCACCCAGGACCCAGGAUGAACUGAGACCAAAUCCUGGCUGAGGGCAGGUGCCAUGGGCAGGGGUGACCCCGCGCUGGGCCACGCAGGAUCCUCUCAUCUGCUGGCUCGGAGGAGCCCCUUGGGAACCACGUUUAGGAAUGUAGAGGAUUCCCGGGAGCAGAUUCGGAGCAUGCGCACCAAUGCUUCCUUGUAAGAUCUCUGUGGAGUCCCCCGUCAUGCCUGCAUCUCUCAGAGGACCACGUGCAAGACCCCUAUGAUCCGGUUCCCUAACCCCCCAAGUGCAGCACCAAAGACAAGAGGGCAUUUUCUCACAAAGGUCCGGUAACACGCCUGGGCCCCUACUGGGUUCCGUGGGGGCCCUGGGACUGACUGGGCACACCUGGGAAACCAAGAGGGCAAGGUGUGUGCCCUGCACCCAGUCCUCGUCUGUUUUAUAUGUCGGACACCCACGUUAAGAGUUUACUGGAAAAACAGCGUUCUGCUGCGUCAGCGUCACUGCUUAGAGACACGAUGCCCAGCGCGGACACAGACCUUCCCUCCCGCAUGCUGGUAACUGCGGCUCUCCGCAGGGAGGGGCUGCACCGCAAUCGGCUCACCGGGACUGAAUGCGGUCCCCGGGGUUGUAGAAGGGGUUGCACAUCACGUCCGUGUACGAACUGUGCAGUUUCCGGAACAUCUGCGACAAGAGCCAACGGUGUCGGUUCACGGUACACACGGCUGCUGCGACUGUCCCGACUUCUCAGCAUUUGAAAACAAAGUGGGAAAGAGAAGGUGCGCCAGCCCAGGCACGGCCGCAGACCCCCCACUUACGCCGUGGAUCUCGCUGUCCGGCAGACCCCCACACUCCCACUGCGGGUCUCGUCCCGCAGACCCCCCACUUACGCCAUGGAUCUGACUGUCCGGCAGACCCCCCACACUCACACUGCGGGUCUCGUCCCGCAGACCCCCCCACACUCACACUGCGGAUCUCGUUGUCCCGCAGCGCCGUGUUGGACGAAUCAACCACCAUGACGAACUUCACCUUGGAGUUGGUCACGUAGCCGUACCUGCAGAGCUGGUUAGGGAACAUGCGUUUCUCACAAGGACUCUGCGACAGUACAAGACACGGCAUCACCCGGAGACGGUAUGAGCCAAGGGCCAUCUGUGCACAGCCCCUGCCUGGCUCCAAGGCCGGUUUGGAAAAACAGGACACCAUACAAACACCCCAGGCUGGACCUGUCCCACAAUACCAGGAGGACCCCACGGGACCCUACCUAAGGCACCCACACCACGAAAUCCCACUUUAUCCGAUAGAACAGCGGCUCUCGGGCAGAUGUCCCGGAGGGCAAGCGACAAUUCUACUCAUGGAGCUGUCUUUGCACUCCAUGGGUUUCGUGCCACUUACCCCCAGGGACUGGUCAAGCUGUGAUGGUGGCCUGUGGGCUGGGCCUGGUGACAGAACUGUCCCUCCUCAGAAGCGGUGGCCCAGAGGACAGAGCCUAGAAAGCCAUCCUCACGGGAAUGGAAGCGGAGAGGCCCGGUUCUUCAGUGUGCAGACUGCCACACUUCUCCAAGGAAUUCAUGCCCAGUUUCUCCCACAUUAUCCCCCAAAUAAAGUAAAAAAUGGCGUGAAGUCUUCA